CCGGCGAGUAGCCGCACGCUAGUCGCACGCCGACGUCCUCGUCAUGAACAACACGUCUUUCGACGGCGCGGAGGGCGACGCCGCCGCCCCGGCCGGCAUCAUGCGCUCGCACCAGGACGGCGGCGGCGGCGGGAGGACGCGCAAGAAGAGCACCGCGACGUUCAACCUGCCGCCCCCGGAGAGCGGCAACCACCAGGACGGCCACCACUACGGCGCGCGGCGCGCCUCCCGGAGGAUGUCGAGCACGUGGAAGAGGCGCAUGUCCUUCGCCGCCCUCGGCGAGGUGCUGCCGUCACUCGACCUGUACCGGCUCGGCGGCGGCCGGCGGAAGCGCCCGUCCAUCGGGGAGCUGCACGGAGACAAUGUCGCAACGCGUGACGAUGGGGACGCGGGGGCCGGCGGCGGGGGCGGCGGUGACGUGGAGCAGGCGGGGGGCGGCGGCGACAGCCACGGCAUCAAGCUGGGCUGGAUCCAGGGGGUGUUCAUCCCCUGCCUCCUCAACAUCUGGGGGGUCAUGCUCUUCCUGCGGUUGUCCUGGGUCGUGGCUCAGGCCGGCAUCUUCCAGUCGCUGGUCAUCAUCGGCAUCUCUACCGUGGUGUGCGUCCUCACGACCCUCUCGCUGUCCGCCAUCUCGACCAACGGCGAGGUCAAAGGAGGAGGCAUUUACUACAUCAUCUCACGGUCACUCGGCCCCGAGUUCGGGGCGUCGGUGGGAGUGGUGUUCGCCUUCGCCAACGCCGUGGCCGCCGCCAUGAACACCAUCGGCUUCUGCAGUUCGCUCAACGACCUGCUCAAGGAGAACGGCCUCCAGAUUGUGGACGGCGGCAACAACGACAUCCGGAUCGUGGGCAUCAUCGCCAUCCUGGUGAUGGUCGUCAUCUGCGCCGUCGGCAUGGACUGGGAAACGAAGGCCCAGAACUUCCUCAUCGUCAUCAUUGUCGCCGCCAUCGGCAUCUUCGUGGUCGGCGCCUGCGUCGGGCCCACCACGGACUUGGAGCGGGCGCAGGGUUUCGUGGGGUUAAGCAAAAAGGCGUUUUCGGAGAAUUGGGGGCCCGACUAUCACUUCAGCGAAGGCGUCACCCAAUCCUUCUUCACAGUGUUCGCCAUCUUCUUCCCGUCCGUGACGGGGAUCCAGGCGGGCGCCAACAUCUCCGGCGACCUCAAGGACCCGUCCAGCUCCAUCCCCAAGGGCACCAUGCUGUCCCUGCUCGUGUCCAUGGCCUCGUACGUCCUCUUCGUGUUCAUGGCCGGCGCCGUCGCGGUGCGGGACGCCAGCGGCAACGUCGCCGACCUGGUGGGCGGCUGGCCCAGCAGCGCGUGCCGCAACGACCAAAACAACACCCACUGCGAUUAUGGGCUCGGCAACAGCUACACGGCGAUGCAGCUCAUCUCGUACCAGAAGUACGUCAUCUACGCGGGCUGCUUCGCGGCCACGCUCUCCACCGCGCUCACCAACCUGCUCUCCGUGCCGCGGCUCGUCCAGGCCCUCGGCCAGGACCGAAUCUACCCGGGCCUCAUCUACUUCAGCAAGGGCUACGGCAAGCACGGCGAGCCCUACCGCGGCUACGUCCUCACGUUCUUCAUCUCCGUCGUCUUUCUGCUCAUCGCCGACCUGAACCUGAUCGCACCGCUGAUCUCCAACUUCUACCUGGCGUCGUACGCACUCAUCAACUUCUGCACGUUCCACGCGGCGCUCAUCAAGCCCCUCGGAUGGAGGCCCACCUUCAGGUACUACAACCUGUGGCUGAGCUUGAUCGGCUUCUUCCUCUGCAUCGCCAUCAUGUUCCUCAUCGACUGGAUAGCCUCCGUAAUCACCAUCGUCGUCAUCUUCGCUCUGUACCUCAUCGUCGUCUACCGCAAACCUGACGUCAACUGGGGAUCAUCGACACAGGCGCAGACGUAUAAGACGGCCCUGAACACGGUCCACAGACUGGCCCACAUCGGAGAGCACGUCAAGAACUACAGGCCGCAGGUGCUGGCGCUGUGCGGCUCGCCCAGGUCACGCCCGGCGCUCGUCGACUUCGCCAAUCUCAUCACCAAAAACAACUCUCUCCUAGUGUGCGGCGAGAUCGCAAGUGCCCCGCUGCCGCACCGCUCGCGCCUGGAGCACGCCCACAACGCCAACCUGUGGCUGCGCUCGCGCAAGAUCAAGGCCUUCUACUCGCUGGUGGACGGGCUGCGCUUCGAGGAGGGCGCCAAGGCGCUGCUGCAGACGUGCGGCAUCGGCAAGCUGAAGCCCAACGUGCUGCUCAUGGGCUUCAAGUCCGACUGGAAGACGGCGAGCAGCACCGACCUCAUCGCAUACUUUAACGUGCUACACGACGCCUUCGACAACCGUGUGGCGGUCGGCAUCCUGCGCCUGGAGGACGGCCUGGACUACUCGCGGCUCCUGGACAGCGAGCACAUGAACGGCACGUCCCUGGCCGACAUGCAGUCCACGCUCACGCUGUCGGUGCAGAACCUGGGCAUGCUGCACGCUGCCGACUCCAACCUCAACAUCUCGUCGCUGCCGGGCGCGCGCUCCGAGGCGUCGCUCGCCGGACUGCAGGUCAAUGGUUCGUCCGUUUUCCCGGCCGACAGCCCGUCCGCGCCCAAGCGCAACGCCAACAGCCCGCUGCACAGCAUCCUCAAGAUGAAGAAGAAGGCCGCCUCGCAGCAGGUGCUCAACACGGCUGCUGCCAACGCUGCCGCGACCGUGCCGAUGAACGACCUGGCCAAGAUGACCCUGUUCGACCGUAGACAAAAGAAGGGCUCCAUCGACGUGUGGUGGUUGUACGACGACGGAGGCCUGACCAUGCUGUUGCCGUACAUCAUCAGCACGAGGACGACGUGGGCCAACUGCAAGCUGCGCGUGUUCGCGCUCACCAACAAGAAGCACGACAUGGAGGUGGAGGAGAGGAAUAUGGCCAGCCUACUGUCCAAGUUCCGGAUAGACUACGCCAGCCUGACCAUGAUCCAGGACAUCUCCGAGCCGCCCAAGGAAGAGACGGUCGCCAUGUUCAACAAGCUCCUCGACGGCUUCCGGGAGGAGGACAUGAAGGAAGGAG